CAUGAAGCUUCAGGCGGUGAUGGAGAACUUGCAGAGGCAGCAGAGAGCCCGCCUUCAACAGGAGAUGGAGUCGCGGCAGCAGGCUCCGCCGGCCCAUCAGGCGGCUGUGUUGCCGGUUCCCGCCGCGGCGGCGGCCUUCUCCCGCGGCCGUAGCCAGGAGCCCGCCACCACUGCCGCCGAGGAGGCAGGGGAGCCGGAGAGCGCCCGGAUCCAGAGGGCGCAGAUGGCGGCGCUGGCUGCCAUGCGGGAGGCGGCUGCCGGCCUGAGCCAGUCGUCCAGCCCCGGCCCGUCGGAGGCCAGCCGCUGCUCGGCGGAAGAGGAAGACGAGGAGGAGGACGAGGAGGACGAGGAAGACGGCGGAGGGGUGUUCCCGCGGGAAACGGUCUCCGAGGACGAGGAGAUGAAAGGCAAAUGGGCCGACGAGGAAUUCGACGAGGAGGAAGAGGACGAUUACGACGAGGACGAGGAGAUGGCGGAGGAGGAGGAGUUGGAGGAGGGGGUCCCCGGGUCCGGGGAGGCUGCCCGCUCGAGUCCCGGCCCCCCGCUUCUCCGCAAGCAGCAGCCCACCCUGCCCUACAGAGGGGAGACGUCCAGGCUGGCCGGGUGCCCCGAGAGGCUAUCGGCCUCGGUCCCUCACCUGUCGCAGGUGCCGCCCCAACCGCUGGACCACGGGGACUGGACUUACGAGGAGCAGUUCAAGCAGAUUGUCGCCGGCGGCUGCGCGAGGCUGCGAGUCGGGCCACCACCAACCCCAACCAUUUUUUUUGUUUCUUUCUCUUCGUCUGCAGGGACGCCGGUCAACCGCAUCCCCAUCAUGGCCAAGCAGGUCCUCGAUCUGUACAUGCUCUAUGUCCUGGUGACCGAGAAGGGCGGCUUGGUGGAGGUGAUCAACAAGAAACUCUGGCGGGAGAUCACGAAGGGCCUCAACCUCCCCACCUCCAUCACCAGCGCGGCCUUCACCUUGCGCACUCAGUACAUGAAGUAUUUAUACCCCUACGAGUGCGAGAAGAGAGGACUGAGCAACCCUAACGAGCUGCAGGCCGCCAUCGACAGCAACCGGCGGGAGGGACGCCGGCAAGGGUUCAGCGGAUCGAUCUUCACCUACUCGCCCAGCGGCACCCACAGCAUGCUGUCCUCGCCCAAGCUCCAAGUGCCAACGUUGGGGUUGCCGUCGACCACCAACGGCAGCUCCUUGGCCUCCGUCCCGAAAAUCAAGAAAGAGGAGGACUCGGCCAUCCCCAUCGGCGUGCCCGGCCGCCUUCCCGUCACGCUGGCGGGCCACCCGGCCAUCGCGGCCCAAGCCGUCCAAGCCGCGGCGGCCCAGGCGGCGGCGGUGGCCCAAGCAGCGGCGCUGGAGCACCUGCGGGAGAAGCUGGAGUCCGGGGAGCCCCCGGAGAAGAAGAUGGCUCUCGUGACGGACGAACAGCAGCGGCUGAUGCAGAGAGCCCUCCAGCAGAACCUCCUGGCCAUGACCACGCAGCUCCCCAUGAGCAUCCGCAUCAACAGCCAAGGGACGCGAUCGCCAGAAAACCGCCAAGACUCCGCCAUGAAUUUGGCCACCAACGGAACGAACAGCAUUAACAUGUCGGUUGAGCUCAACGGCAUCGUUUAUACAGGCGUGCUGUUUGCCCAAACUCCGGGGCCGUCGUCCUCCCUCAGCAAAGGAAACUCCAACAGCGGCCGAAGCGGCGGCAGCGGCAGCUCGCAGGGCGGUUCGGCCGCCGGCGCCCCGCAGACUGGUUUCCCCGCCGCGCCGACAUCUACCUCAACCAAUUCCUCUUCGCCUUAA